GGCAUCAUCUCGGUACUUGCGUACGGAUACCCGUACAGUACUCCCAUUCCGCCAUUCCCCAAAGUCUUCAGCGGCUUGCUUCUGAAUGUGUUUGGUACAAUGGGCACCAAACGGCCCCUUUAAUAUACGCCGUUUUUACCGCGAAGCACGAAACAAUUAUUCCAUAGAGUGCUAGCCAAGAUGCGGCUCGCAUGGUACGCCACGAUCUCUACGGCCCUGGCGGCGUCAGUGGUCUUUUCGGCUUUUCAGCAGCGAGCCAAUUGUUAUUCCGCAAUGGUGUACUUGGCCCAGAGCAAUGUCUGCUUGCUGGUUCUUAUCAACUUCGUAUACUUGAUCUAUGGAACGGUGAUAUUCGGGCUGCAGCGAUCGCUGUACGGGCCCUUGCGGCAGGUGGAAGUCGAACAACUGUCCGAGAAAGCCUGGUUCGCAAUCACGGAGACGUGCCUUGCCAUGACGAUCUUUCGGGAUGAGAUUGGCGCCUGGUUUCUGGUCAUGUUCACAGCACUCAUAACGGGGAAAGUCUGGGGCUGGAUUGGAGAUGGCCGUGUGGAGAUUCUGGAACAACAACCGCCCGCAAACCCAGGGCUCUUCCACACCCGGUUGAGCAUCUCGCUUCUACUUAGCCUGGCCUAUGACAUUUGGAUUCUCAGGUACUCAAUGAAGACUGUCAUCCAGCAGGCGCGACCUGAUAUGAUGGUCAUGUUUCUGUUCGAGUUUGCCGUAUUGUCGACAUCCUCUGCUCGCACUGGAAUCAGGUACCUUGUUUCCGUCAUGGAACAUGGCAUCAUCAAGCGACAAACCAGACAAAGGCUUGAGGAGCGACGCCUCGAGGUACGGCAGAGAAGGGAGGAGCUCCUCCGUCAACGAGAACAACAGCCUAGGGGAGGUUCAACACCAGACCACGCCGAACUGCCGCAGGAGGAAGACAUUGACGAAAUGGACAUUGAAGUUCCGGGUUGGGAAAACAAGGGACAAUGGGUUCUUAUCCUGGAUCUUGUUGCGGAUUGCACCAAACUUUCGAUCUACAUUGUAUUUUUCUUCAUCCUCUUCUCAUUCUAUGGCCUUCCGAUCCACAUCAUGCGGGAUCUUUUCAUGACCGGUCGAGGUGUCAUCAAGAGAGUGACGGCUUUGUGGAAAUACAGGAAGGCCAUCGAGGAGAUGAACAAAUAUGCGGAUGCGACUGAAGCAGACAUCACGAGAGAAGAUACCUGCAUUAUCUGUCGAGAGCAAAUGAGACCGUGGGAUCCCGGUCAAAACCCCCCUGCUCUUCAACGUGUCCGCCCUAAGAAACUGCCCUGCGGUCAUAUUUUGCACAUGGGCUGCCUGAAGAGUUGGUUAGAACGCCAGCAAGUAUGUCCGACCUGCCGCCGUUCCGUGGUUCUUACUCGUACCGAGAACAUGGCGCUCCGCAAUGCUGGCCCGGACCAACCCGGAGCAGUCGGGCCAUUGGCCCCGGGGCAACAGGAGCUACCUCAGCGGGGCCCAGGAGGCCAGCAGGGCCGAGACGUGGAAGCACGGCGUCCGAACGGUGGUGCUCGUGUCUUUAACUUGGGCAAUCUCAGGGUAGGCUUUGCGCAAGGCGGUGAGAACAUUCAGGAACUUGCGCAGCGCAUGGCCCAGCCCCGACUGGCCAUCACCCCGCCAGAAGCUCGACUUGACCCUACUACUGCCGUCGCAACCGAUCGUCAGACCGCUCAAGGCUCGUCUGGAAGUGAUUUGGAGUCGAUUCGCGACCAUCUGAUGGAGAUAGAGAGGACCAUUCAACGACAGCUCCAAACCCUUCAGUACGACCAUCGGCAACUACAAGUCUGUAAUCUUUUGCUUGCUGAACUUCAAAGACUCCACCAGCAACGACAGCACGACACCCAAGCGGGCGGCGUCGGUGGGCCUGCCGCCCUCCAUACUCCAUUUCCAUUGCAGACGUCCUUGCCGCCUCUGAUGUCUCUUCCAAACGCAUCGCUUCAGUCCGGACCUUCGCCGAACACUACUCGUCACGGCCUCGCCACGAACUCCAACGCGAUACUGGCUGGCAGCCCAGAGUUGCCAGAAGGUGUUGUCAUCCCCCCUGGGUGGUCACUGCUGCCGCUUCAACGUCUAGAGGGUGUUCAGGUCCCAGUCACGCAGUUCCAUCCGAACACGGUCUUCUCAGUGGGGAAUGGGCAGCCGACCUCCUCAAAUACCGUGAACCCAAGGUUCCCGGCCUCGGCUCCCUUGACCACUGCAGAGCCAAUGACCGCCUCUGAUCGCCUUACCAGGGAUUUUCCUCCCAAUGAACUGGACCCCUCUCGUGUGGAACACCGGGAUGAGGGGCAUCAACCAGAAAUCUUGUCCCCAAACCCUGUACUACCGAAUUGGGGCGGAGAAAACCAGCUUUUUGGAAGAGGCUCGGUUCUCGCUCAUGAUGCCGGGUCAGGAACCCCUGUUCGAGAACCGACAGACUUGAAUUGGGGAGCGACCGAUGAGACCCGAGCUGCUGGCCCAUCAUUGAUGUCACCAGCUCACGACGAUGUUGUCACCAAUGAGCCCAGAGAUCAAGCCGAGCAACCUACGCCAGAGGGGACAGGGAAGGGGAAGGCGAAGGCGAAGGCGGUUACAAUCGAGGACGCGGAGGAUGAGGAUGGCAACUGA